GUUUGGCUCUGCCACAGCAGCAGCGGCAGCACCAUGGAUGAGAUGCCAGCAACAGAUGCUGCACGCUGGAACCCACGGCUGUAGACCCUGUCCAAAAAAGCAGUCCUGAACCCAGAAGAUCUGAAGAAAAAGGGGGAAGGGAAAGCGAGGCCAAGGGGGAAAAAAUACAGCAAUCUGACACUGACACCCCCAAGGCAAAAAGCAACAAUAGCUCUUGAUCAGCCCACAGCAGAGAGACCCCCUCCGGCUGGCUUUGGCAGUCUCCCAUCACUGUCCGUGCGCUGCUUCAGCCAUGUCAGACCGAGGAGCCGACAGCAUGAUGGAUGGAGCAGCCCAGAUGCUGUCCUGUGAUGGAAGAGAAGAAGGGUCGCCAGGAUCCACAGCAGCCAGGAGCAAAGUUGGGCGGCCGCACGAAAUUGUCUGGAGGAAUGUCAUCUUGAUGACCCUGCUCCACGCCACCGCUGGAUAUUCCCUGGUCCUCAUCCCCAAGAGCCACGUCUUCACUCUCAUCUGGGCUUACCUAUGUUUCCUAGUGACAGCCCUGGGAGUGACAGCGGGGGCCCACCGCCUGUGGAGUCACAGAUCCUACAAAGCCAAGCUGCCUUUGCGGAUAUUCCUGGCUGCGGCCAAUUCUAUGGCCUUUCAAAAUGAUAUUUUUGAAUGGUGUCGAGACCACCGAGUGCAUCACAAGUUCUCAGAGACGGAUGCUGAUCCUCACAACGCCAAACGCGGAUUCUUCUUCGCCCACAUCGGCUGGCUCUUUGUCCGGAAGCACCGAGAUGUCAUAGAGAAAGGGAGAAAACUGGACUUCAGCGACCUGCUGGAUGACCCGGUUGUUCGGUUUCAGAGGAAGUACUAUAAGAGUUCAGUAGUGCUGAUGUGUUUUGUCCUUCCUACUUUUGUGCCUUGGUACUUCUGGGGGGAGACCGUGUGGAAUUCCUACUUCCUUGCCUCGAUCCUCCGUUACACCGUCUCACUCAAUGUCUCUUGGCUGGUCAACAGCGCGGCUCACAUGUACGGCAAUCGGCCAUACGACAAGACCAUCAACCCUAGACAGAAUGUAUUUGUCAAUAUAGGGGCCAUUGGUGAAGGUUUUCACAAUUACCACCACACCUUUCCGUUUGAUUAUUCAGCUAGCGAGUUUGGCUUGAAAUUCAACCCAACCACAUGGUUCAUUGACUUCAUGUUUUGGUUGGGUUUGGUCACUGAACGAAAAUCGGCUCCCAAGGAGAUGGUCCGAGCCCGCAAAGAAAGGUCUGGAGAUGGCAGUUCUUGAAAAAUGAAAACUCAUCUCUGAACAUUGCUGCUGCUGUAUGUGUUGUUUGUAUGUUUCUUCAUUGGGGGUCUUCUUUACCCCUUCCCCUUCUCCUUAGGAUAGAAGUAGUAUUUUUUUCAUCUAACAUAGGCCAAAUUAAUUCCUGGAUUAAUUCCAUUUCCCCUUAAUGCAAUGAUUUCCACAUGUCCUAUUCUUCCAUGAGCACCUUCAGCAGACAUCCCAAGGAACUCUUGUGUUACUGGGUUACUCUGGGUCACGCUGAGUUCACGCAGGGUCACUUGACUGGCCGACGGGACUUAACUAUUGCUUUGUAUGAAUCGAGAACACAGUGCAGAACAUACCAAACACUGAACAAGAAAUGGCAGGAAAUAUCAGAAGUAGUAGGCAAGCAUCAUUUCAAGGAAGCUUGUCCACCAUUUCUGAACAUCUAGGUGAGGAUCCCUGAUUAGAUCAGGAGGGAUUUCAGGGUUCCCCAGAACACAGUAUUGGGACUCCUCUGCUUUAAUGGAAUUAAAUCUUGAGUGGAUGUAGCCUAAUUUCUUAGCUGUCUUAAGUACAGUGUUUCAGAAGGUUUCAUAUUAUUUAAUAUUAGAGUUAAAUGUAGUAGAGUUUUUGGACUUCUCUUGUGAUGAUGAUACCCAAUGAAGGCAUUCAUAUCGGUUGCACAUGCAAACUCUCGACAGGCCGAAGGAAUUGACAGUUCCUCAACAGCACUGAUCAUGCAAGUGGGUUGUUUCCAUUAUAGUAGCAAAACCAAAUGUUUUUCUAUACCCAUCUGGUGAUUUUUUGUUGGUAUAAAGGCCAUACAGCACUCUCUCUUUGCUUGCCCAUUAAUUUCAGUAAAAGGAGAAUUUUGCAGGCAAGCACCAUAAGAUUCUCUUGGCUUAGUUUUCUCCUGGCUGGCCACCUGGAAACUUUCCCCAAAAGUUAAAGUGGUCACCAGAGAUUCAAAAAAGGAAAGUCAAAAUUACCUUUGACCUACUAGCUGAGAAUGUCUGCAUUUUAAUUCACUGGUAACUGACCUGUCCCACUGUUUGCAUAUCUGAGUCAAGGAGGGAUUGAAACAAAUAAGGAAUGGUAAAAAAAUAAAUUUAUAUAAAAAUGUGGGGUGGAUGUAGAAGAAGAAGAAGAAGAAGAGUUUGGAUUUAUAUCCCCCCUUUCUCUCCUGCAGGAGACUCAAAGGG